UCUCUUUCCUUCCUCUCACAUCACCGUCCGUCAACUUUUGAUAUUCUUCCCUUCGAAUUCCGAAGCAUAACUUGCUGCGUCAGUCGACGACAGGCGAGUAUUGCAUAACGACUAUUGACGAAAACAAACAAACAAAUGUCUAGUAGCUCAAUCUACAAUUCGCAGCAUCGUAGCCUCCAGCCAAGUGGUCCUGGUGCUGUCGCUGCGGGGCCUCAGCACAGUAUGGCUCGGAUUAACGACUCGUUUGAAGCUAUUCGCAGUGAAUUUGAAGUGCUUGUAAAUGAAGUAGGCACCGUUAGGAGUCAGCGCGAUGAUUUCGAAUCUAAAGUUGGUUCACAAGUGAAUGAAUUGAACAUUAUACGUCAAUCCUUGUACGAACUUGAGGCUCAGCACGGUAAAGUGCGCCAGCAGUAUGAAGAAGAACUUGCUCGUCUUCGCUCCGAAAAUCACGCUUUGCGUCAGGGAGGAGGUGGAAUACCAUCUGGUGGAGGACACAACCCUCCAAUAAUGGGACCUGCUUCGGGUGGCCCUCCAUCUUCGAUUUCAGCCGGUGGCGGUGUUCCACCAUUUAAUGACCCGUAUUUUUCGCGCAACGACAGAGAUCGCGACCGUGAUAAUGUGAGGGAACGAGAGCGUAAUGAACGGAUUGAGCGAGACAGAGAACGAGAUGCCAUGAGAGAUCGAGAGAGGGAUCGCGCAGUGGACUCGCGAGACCCAAAAAGGAUGAAAGCAGACAGAAUGAAAUCCGAAAGGCCAGACGUUUUUAGUCCUGCCUCUUUACCCAAAUUACCACCACCUGGUUCAUCUUCUGGACCACCGCCACCUUCUGGCCCUGGUCAAUUGUCUUCUGGUCCUGGCCUUCCACCACCAGGUUCCUCUCACGGUUUGCCAUUAUCAAGUCAUCCUCCUGGAUCUAGCUCCGCUGGACCGUCACCGAUGAUGGAUGUACACCCUCCUGCUAACAACGGUGCUGUGGUACCCAUCAACACUCCGGGUGGUGGUUUCCCCGAUGAGGCUGACUUGGCGUCAUUACCAGCCGAAUAUAAGAGGGAGGGCACGGAUUGGUUCAUCGUGUAUAAUCCCAAGGUUGAGAAGGUUUUCAACGUCAAUUUGGUUCAUACACUCAUGCACGAAAGCGUCGUUUGUUGUGUACGUUUUUCAGCCGACGGCAGAUACCUUGCCACAGGAUGCAAUCGCACUGCGCAAAUAUAUGACGUGAAAACGGGUCACAAAUCAUGCGUUCUGGUUGAUGAUUCAGUGGGAAAGUCUGGGGACCUUUACAUUCGAAGCGUGUGUUUCAGUCCGGAUGGGAAAUUUCUUGCUACCGGUGCCGAGGACAAGCAAAUUCGGAUUUGGGACAUUGCACGCAAAAAAAUUCGCAAUAUCUUUGACGGACAUCAACAAGAGAUUUACUCGCUCGAUUUCUCUGCCGACGGCCGCCUCAUUGUCUCUGGAUCAGGUGAUAAAACGGCACGGAUUUGGGACAUGAUAGAGGGUACAUCGAAAGUGCUCACUAUCAACGACCCGGAUUCGUUAAAUAACGACGCGGGCGUGACUUCUGUUGCUAUAUCCCCGAAUGGGCAUUUUGUUGCGGCUGGAUCGUUGGAUACGGUUGUGAGGAUAUGGGACGUAGCUACAGGGAUGUUGGUGGAGAGAUUAAGGGGGCAUAGGGAUAGUGUCUAUAGUGUGGCGUUUACACCGGACGGAAAGGGGUUGGUUAGUGGGAGUUUAGAUAAGACGUUGAAGUAUUGGGAUGUGGCUGCGCUGAUGGCAGGGGGUGGCAGCGGUGGCAGUAGUGGAGUUAAGAGCCGGAAGGAAGGAGCGAACGGGGCGGGCCCGAGCGGGCCUGGUGGAAGUUUGGUCAAGAGGGAUGGGGAUGGAUCAAAGCAGAGUCAGUGUACGAUGAAUUUCAUAGGACAUAAGGAUUAUGUGCUCUCUGUCGCGGUAUCGCAUGAUGGACGCUGGGUGGUCUCUGGAUCAAAAGAUCGUGGGGUACAGUUCUGGGACUCAAAGACGGCUGUCGUGCAGUCGAUGUUGCAGGGGCAUAAGAAUUCUGUAAUUUCGAUAGACCUCAGUCCAGCAGCAAACAUACUCGCAACAGGAAGUGGAGACUGGCAAGCUCGUAUAUGGUCGUACAAUUAAAUCGAUUAUUUGUUUUAUGUAUCUAUCUUUAGUUUUUUUUUCAUCUCUUACAUAUUUCUCUCCUACGCCCGUCGCUGUUAGGUUGUCAGGUCACUAUUCGCCGUUUUCUUCCCUUUGUUGUUUUUACAUAGUUGUUCCAUUUGUUUGAAUGCUUGUGAACCCCUCUCCUCAACCCGAUAGUACCGAUAUCUUUAUCUAGUUUACUUUGUUCACUCUUUGUUUGUUUUGAUACCCUCUUAGCGCUCGGCAUAUGGAAUGCCGUUUGGAUUGCCCUACGUUUGAGCGCCUUAGGCAU